UAGUAGUAGUAGUAGUAGUUCUUCUGUAAAAUUCCCGUAUAUAUUAUGAACCGUUUACGUAUUUCGGAUUUCACCAUCUAUUCGGAGGAUUGCUAUUUAUUAUAUUUUUUUACUUCUUUCUCUUUCUUUGUUUUGAAAUGGACGCGUCUUUAGUCAUUGUAUCCGGUGGAUCGGCUUGUAACGACAUAGCCCCUGCGUUCCAAAAUUUGACACAAGAUGUGCGAUAUAUUCUGGGCAUCUCAGAUAAUGGUGGAUCCACAAGCGAAUUAUUACGUGUAUUGGGCGGACCUAGCAUUGGUGAUCUCCGUGCACGGCUGACAAGACUGAUCAAUGAAAAUGCCUCACCGGAAAAAAAGGCGAUAAAAGACCUACUGAGUUAUCGACUUCCAAGUGAAGGCGAUGCAUAUACAAUACGUCAUGAAUGGAGCCUCAUUGUCCAGGGUCGGCACAAACUAUGGAACCCCAUUUCGACCGAUAAAAAGGAAGCCAUUCGUGGGUUUCUGGUCAUGUUUAACUUUGAAAUCUUGAAACGCGCCUACAAAAACUUCAACUUUCGCAACGGGUCGAUUGGGAAUUUUUUCUUGACGGGCGCACGGCUAUUUUAUGGAUCGUUGGAGGCGGCAAUAUUUAUCUUUGCUGCCAUUACGGGUAUUGCGGAGGAAACGUCGGUGGUGCCCGUCAUUAUCACGAGUCAUACGGCGUCCAUCGCUGCUGAGCUGCAGGAUGGCACCACGCUACGCGGUCAGUGCGAAAUUAGCCAUCCCGGGUCAACCACUAGCAAUAUACCAUCGUCGUCGUCGUCGUCAACGUCACACCAGCAUCCAAUAGAUGUCACGUCAUUGCCCGUGUCGCUGCAAGAACAACAAGGAGAGGACGAAGAAGAAGAAGACAAGACAAACGCUAAUUUGGUGUUUAAUAAAACGACGGAUCAGAAACUUUCAGCGGCUGUGCGACGCAUAUAUUAUAUGAAUGAAUUCGGUCAAGAAGUAUUUCCAUGGCCCAACCCGAAAUUCAUCAAACAUUUGACCAGGGCCAAAACACUCAUCUACUCGAUUGGGUCUCUCUAUACCUCCAUUGUUCCCUGUCUUAUAUUACGUGGGAUCGGCCAGGCCGUUGCAAAUUCACCCUCACUCAAACACAAAAUCUUGAUUUUGAACGGGUCAAAUGAUCGCGAAACGGAAGGCUACAGCGCCUUGGAUUUCGUACAAACCAUCACCGAAGCCCUGAAUCAAUCACAAUGGGUCGAUACCCAGCAACAAGGAUUUUUCGAUGCCAAGGCACAGUAUGAAGGAUACCCGCUGCCCAUCGAUAAACCUAUACGACCUAGUAUUAUGUUGACCAAAGAUACGGUAUCGCCACCUUCGGCGUUCUUCACCCACAUGAUUUAUCUCACCAAUUCACGUAAGCGUCGGUUUCAAACGGCCAAACUCUUUUAUACGAUAGAUGCAGCAAGAAUAAUGAUAUGGUUCUCUUUCUGAUGCUGUGUAGAGAUUCCUGUGGACGUAGACAAGAUAUCAAGUUUUGGAAUCAAAUGCGUGCCAGUAGAAAUGACAGAACCAGCGUAUACCGCCGAAUGUUUGUACGAGAAGCUGGUACAAAUCAUUCAGGAUUAGCAAAGUUUGAGGCAAUAUAGCGGUGCCACAAUCUAAACACAUGUUUUAAUGCUUUUUGAAAAAUAAAAAAAUUGCCUCA